GUGGAUAGGGGAUUUCCCUUUCAGGAGAGUCUUCAGUGCGGUGCAAAUAACCGAAUUUAGUCAUCGCGGGAUGAGCACUGGUCUUGGCUGCGGAACUCUGGAAGGUCACAUAUGUCCUCUUAAGCCGAGGGUAGCAUAACCUGCAAGAACAAUGCACACCAGACCCGACAGGCCCCUGGUCGUCAAGUGCGCCUUCGACAGAUGGAACAAGCGGAUAAGCUUUGCUUCCGCAAGGAACUGUUCAUACGAGCUGCUCAGGAGCAGGGUCGAGCAAUGUUUCUCACUUUACGCGACUUCAUAUGUGAUUGCAUACAAGGACGAUGACGGCGAAAUCACCGACAUUACCACAGAAUCCGAUCUCACAGAAGCCAUUCAGUAUUUUCAGGCUGGGUCUGACGAUCCUCCACUCUCCUCUGCAGCAUCUAUUCUUUCUGGCCGCAGCUUCGGAAGUAGACGAAUAACACUACGCGUUCACAUUACCGUUGAUUACGAUGGCCCGAGCUUAAGCGAUACAUCGAGUCUCGCCAGUAUGGAAGAAUACAAAGGCCGCAACAGGAGCGAAGGCGAAUUAAGCUGGUCCAUUGUUGGAGGAGGAGGAGAAGUUGACGAUGAUUCAGUGACGGUGAGCUCGAGAGAUACGAACCGGCGCCUCCCACGUGGAUCAACGGUGCACUCUGUAACACCGCAUUUGAAUAACUGGAUUGAAAGCGGAGACUCAUCUUCUAUACCCGAGAGCAGUGUUACUGGUCACUCGCAAUCCCAAACGGUGGAAGAUCAGACAAUGCACGAUGAGGGUCCAUUUGCGGACCAUUACCAGUUCUCUGCUGAAGAACGCUCCCCGGAAGACCCUGUAGCUGUAUUUGAGCGACUCAAGCUCCAGGAGCGCGCUGACGCCUCGGCGUCUGACGGGUCCCCUUCGCAUCGGUCGUACUCCCCUACAUCAGUUGACAUAGCAUUGGCGCGUUCUGCUCAAGACAGAGGGGCAGCGUGGUUGCGCGAUCAGAAUGCGCGCACGAUUAGAGCCAUGCUCGGGGCGACCCCUGAACCCUCGGAAUCCGAUUCCAGGUCAAUAUCAUUAACAUAUUCCGAUGAACGGAUUCCAUCUAACAACAUGGAAGGGGAUCUUGCGCUGGAACGAGAUCCCCGCGGAAAGUACUACUACUCUUAUACUGGAGCGAGUUCUACGACGCAUGAUUCGGGCUACGAGGACAAUCUGAGUGUCAAGUAUGACGCCGAUCCCAUUGGUGGAUCGCCCCCGCGGCCAAACAGUAUGCAGCUUAUAUGGAUCGCUUCGCAGCAGAAGCUAGCGGACAAUGAUCGUUCCAUGGAUACCCCUGAUUCACACAAGCCCUCUUCCCCACACUACUCUGAUUCUGACCCGUUUCCCUACACCAUCGCUCACGACAUUCCACCAGAGGUACUCCAGUUUGUUGCACCCGCAGGACCUCCUCCGGGCUUGCUCACUACUUGUUCAGACUGUGGAGUCAUGCUAGAUGGCAUCCGGUAUGUCUGUGCCGUGUGUGGCGAGAAGGAACCUCUGGCAAGCGUCGUGCUUCGCAACGGCUCAGACUCUAAUCUAGGCAAAGGAAAGGCCAGGGACCUGGACCCGAUCCAUUCAUAUCCCCCCCUUACUCGUCGCACACCUUUAUCGUCUUCACCUUCGCCAUCUACGUUCUUUGACGCUGUCACGUUAAGUGGGUCGCCACAGACGCGCAGUGAACACAUACAUAAUAAACCACUCCCUUUCUUACCUGGUUCCUCUUCAUCAAGCCCGACGUUGUAUAGUACACAAUCGGGCUUUAGACACGGGUCUGAGUCGUCUGCUGUGGGCUUCGAAUUGUGCUCGGGAUGUAUCGAAUCGGCUGGCGUGAUACAUGCGCUCCGUGCAAGCACAGAGCGGCGGAAUGGAUCGGGCACAGAAUCGACAUCUCCGGCAGAUGAUUUAUCUUCCUGGAGUCGUUCUGCUCCCAGACAGAAAGGUCAGCUGAGACAUGCGUAUUUUGAAAAGGUAUGGGGCCAUCAUGGAUGGGAGGACGUGGAGCAAGAUGAUAUGCACGUCUGUAAAUGUUCGACAUGCAAUUCAACGAUCGUGAACCAGCGGUAUAAAUGUGCUUCGUGUCAAAAAUUCAAUUUAUGUCGAGCGUGUUACGGCCAAGUCCACGACAUACACCCAUCACAUGCAUUCCUGGUAGUCGCGGAGAAGCCUGUAAGGUCUAGAAGUGAACCAGAAUAUUCACGCGAUCUGCCAAUGAUAAUAUCAAAUGACAACAAUGAGGAACGAUCCAUGAAACAUCCUGGCGUCAAGUGUGCACAUUGUUUACAAGAUAUCCUUGGCGCCCGAUUCCACUGUGCGAUCUGCGACUCUGUCGACAUUUGCUCCAACUGCGAGUCUGCGGGACUUCCAGGCAACUUAGACUCCUCCGACGGGGGACACAUAUCCUCGCAUAUCAUGAUUAAGAUUCCCUAUCCACUUGAAACAACAGAAGUGCAAACAGCCAGCCGCCGUGCCAUCCAUUUAUGGACAGGCAGAGACGCAGCACACGUUAUGACCGCAACCCGCUCACAACCAGGCUCUGUAUACUCUUCAUAUGCUCAGACGGUUGUUGGCUCGAGACACGCCCGAAGUGAGCGCAACGGAGAGUCGCUGAUUCACCAUUCGUCCUGCAAGGGCUGCAACCAGACAAUCGUUGGCAUACGAUAUCAAUGUGCUACAUGCCCAUCUUCUCCCACUGCGUAUAGCUUGUGCCAAUCAUGCGAGCAGAGUUCAUAUGCCAUCCAUGACCCAAUGCACUCGUUUUUCAAAAUACCGAGACCUGUCCAUGCACCGCUCGAGUCGCCAUCGGCAUUCCUUCCGAAACUGUACAAAGUUCCAGCAGGUCCUGUUGGUGGCCUCGCACCCAACGCAGAUCCACAAGAGUAUCUCUAUCAUUUAGUUCACUCCACGGCGCUCUGCGAUCGCUGUAUGGAGCGCAUUCAAGGAGCAUGGUACCGAUGCGCCUAUUGCGCGAAAGACCUCUGUGGAGAAUGCGAGUCUCUUGACACUCACGACGAGACCCACAUAUUUGUCGUAUUCAAGGCUCCUGUCGACAUGGUUUACUUCCGGCGAUUCGCAAAUCUAGAGAACCCAAACGACAGCCCGCCAAUCAUAACCUUCCCGGUGUACUGCUAGAUGUAUGCCAAUAUAUCCCUGAUGUUCUACACACGGUGUAGCCAAACAAUUUCAUACCUUGGACCGCAUCUUCAUGUAAUGUAAUACAGGCAUCUUGGAGCGCUAAAACUGGUGCUCCCUACUCCUACUUCACCUAAUCGGCGCCUCUCAUAGAAUAAAUCUGUCCUACUGGCACCCAAGUUCACGAUCUUCGGACAUCCGUCUGUCCUUUUCUAACCGCG